UUCGAAUUACCUACCCCCAACUCAGGUAAUUGAAAUUGUCUCAAAACGAAUCAAUUCAAAAUACCUCAGGCAGAUUGAUCCAUCCAAAUUUUUUGCUGGCAAACGAAACAAUUUGAUACAAUUAUCUCAAAACGAGACAAUUAUGUCAAAUUGAUCUGUUACAAUUCCUCAUCCAAACGACCCGGUCGUUUGGAUGGAUAAAUUUAGGAAUGAGUCAAUUUGAUCAAUUGCCUCGUUUUAUAAACGAGACAAUUAAAACGAGUCAAUUUGAAGUACCUGCCCCACCCCAGGUAAUUGAAAUUGACUCAAAACGGAUCAAUUCAAAAUACCUCAGGCAGAUUGAUCCAUCCAAAUUUUUUGCUGACAAACGAGACAAUUUGGUACAAUUGUCUCAAAACGAGACAAUUGUGUCAAAUUGAUCCGUUACAAUUCCUCAUCCAUACUGUGGUUUACUGGUUUAAUUUAGGGAUGGAAAUCAGUAAAUGGAUGGUUCAACUACUAAAUUCAUUUGGAGUUCUCUCAAGUAUCACUCAUGCCAUGUGUUUGGACUUUGCAUAGAUGAUUGUGGGGGUUUUUCUUAACCUAUGAAAUUUGGAUUGGUGGCGGGUGAGUUAUUGGUCACAAAAUCACCUUAUUGUGUCACUAAUGUACAUUAUAUAUAUAAUAACAAUUGCUUUUUUAAUCUAUUAAAAAUAUCAAUCGUGAUAGACUCAAUUCAUUGAUAAUUAUUGUUCACAAACUUUAUUUGAAUUACCAUAGAAAUUAUACUUCAAUUAUUUAUAAAAUAUAAUAACCACCCAUUAAAUACUAAAAUAUAUUUUUCUCAAAUGAGAUGAUUGAUAUUGGAAUUUUUUCUACGCGCAAUAAAAAAAAAUCAACUAUGCUCUAAGAGCCUUUAAUGUAAUGUAUCGCUUACAAAUAGAGUAUACUGACAACACUCUCACUCUAUUAGAACAAGUUAUUUGCAAAGACACGGUACACUGUUCGCCUAGACACAAUUUACUUUUCAUUUAGACUCAAAAUUACUGUUCACCCUCCUCUGAUUGGUUCAUGGUCUGCAGUUGGGCCCGCCGCUGUUUAUCCUGCUUUGUUUGCUGCAGGUAUUUGUUGUGGGUACCGAGCCGCCGUCAAAUCAACACUUUUUAGUUCCACAUGGAAGAUCACUCGGGAGGCGUUGUUUGCGAUGAAAAUCGCGUUGCCCACAAAUGCAGGCCACUUUUCGCUGAUCUCCUUCCCAUCUCUCUUUGAGAUGUCUCUUUUUACCACUCGAUUGAGACUGAAAUCAGAGAUGAAUUGACCUGACCCUGCUGAGACAAAAGGGGAGAGCUACGUUGUGGGUGGGUGGUCUCGAGAUGAAUACUGCCGCACUGCAGAUAUCCUCUUCUUCUUUCUCCUUCCAAUUUGCAUUUCGCAUUUUCCUCUCUUUCCGUCUGUUUUUGGUGCGCAACCAGGGAGAACUCUAUGGAAUGGAUCUUCUGUUCAUUCUCAGGCAGGCCUUCUUCACGGUGUCCCCAGGCCCAGCUACUGCGCAACAUGGACCACUGGCAGCAGUUGAGCCUGGUCGGCAAAAACUCCAGAUCCAUCCACCGGGAGCUGGAAGUCUUCGAAGUCGUCAUCUCCGGGAAGCCUACGGGAAAAAACAAACCGGGAUCGACCUAGAUAAGCUCUCCUUCCUCGGCCACGGCAACGGCGGCACCGUCUACAAGGUCCGCCACCGCCGCACCUCCCAGAUCCACGCCCUCAAGCUCGUCCGCGCAGACUCCGACCCUGCCGCCCGCCGCCAUCUCCUCCGCGAGGUAGAGAUCCUCCGCCGCGCCUCCGACUCCCCCCACAUCGUCCGCUGCCACGGUGUCGCCGAGAUGCCCUCCGGCGACAUGACGAUUCUGAUGGAGUACAUGGACCUCGGGACGCUCGAUUCGCUGCUCAAGAGUGAGAGAUCCGAGUUCUUCACGGAGUCGAUCCUCGCCGGAAUCGCCCGCCAGGUGCUCGCCGGGCUCGACUACCUCCACGGUCGGAAAAUCAUCCACCGCGACAUCAAGCCGUCGAACUUACUGGUCAACGCCGCGAUGGAGGUCAAAAUCGCCGACUUCGGGGUCGGGAAAAUCAUGUGUCGGACGCUCGAUGCCUGCAAUUCGUACGUCGGGACGUGCGCCUACAUGAGUCCCGAGCGAUUCGAUCCUGAUUCGUACGGAGGGAACUACGCGGCUACGCCGCCGACGUCUGGAGCUUGGGAUUGACUCUGUUGGAGCUCUAUAUGGGACACUUCCCGUUCUUGCCGCUAGGAACUGAAUAUGUUUUUUCACAGUGGCAGGCGGGUUCCAGACAGCAGGCUAUCCCCUCCGGGUUUGUUCCAGACAAGAGCAGUUGGGGUUGGAACUGUCUGGAGAGAUGGAUGGAUGUCCGUCCAUGGGAGAAUCGAUUUCUCGACAUCAAUCUCAAGGACGGAGUGAUGAUCCACGAGAACAAAGAGGACGAAAAAAAUGGAUCCAAACCUCAACCGAAACCUACAGGCAAGAAGCCAGCUGCACAGGUAAACAAUCCAGGAAAACAGGUAAAUUGACAAGCAGUUCCACUUUGUGGUCUUUCAUUGUUGGUGUUCUUACUGAAUCUGAUUGUGUAAUGUGUAGAUAUUUUCAUUUCUAUUUAUGCUGAAGUGUUAGUUUUCCCUCUGGACCCUUGAUGAAUCUUGAGAAUAAACUAAUUUAUUAUGGAUGGAUGAAAAGGUAGCUUGCUAUUAAAAACCUGAGCGAAUCACCACUAAAUUAUGACUAAUGCAUGUGUUCCUUAUCCCCUGUGCAUUCCCUAGAACCUAAUAUCUUGAGUUCAGGCACUCCAAAAUUAUUGGGACCAUUGAUCUUUUCUCCUGACGCUGCUCAUCAAUUACUGCCAAAGAUGAUUCCCUGGGAUUGUCCUUCUCAAUUUACGGAGUUGAUUGAGAAAGAGAUCACAAAGUCGCUAUUACAGUCAGAAGAGAAGGAUCUUGCUGUGAGGAUCAUAGAAGUAAAAUCGAAAGCAAUGCAUGGCGAUUUGGUGGCAUGUGGAUUUACAAAGGACAGUACAGAGGCCAAGAAGAAAGCAAUGCUAGGUAGGAAUUGCCUUGAAUAUGAUUGCAGUAACUUCACUAGUCUUGGUGUAAUACAUGAUGGGGAAGAGAUGAACCCGAGAUAUGCAUUAGAUAAGAGAGAUCGGGCAGAUUUGGGCAAGGUAAUGUUCUUGCAAUGGACAAUGGUGUUCUCUUCUUGGCUAUCUAAUACAUUGCUUUUUGUUUUUUAUAUCUUCUUUUAUCAUUGGUUUUUAAUUUAGUUUUUGUAUGCUUUUGGUCAUGCCUGCAGUGGAAGAAGAUUACAACUUUUGGGCUUUCCACUCUGAUGUUAUGUGUAUGGAUUUGUUGUGGGUGAAGUUUUGCAGUGCAAGACACUCAUGAACUAUUGUGGGUGAUUCUUUGAUGUGGCACAAUGGUCUUUCAAAGGGAGUUUCCUUUCUCAUACUUCCGUUUCAUUUUUCUGUUUUUAAGGCUAUCUGAUUAACCAUAUUUUAAUGUUCUUGAUUUUUCCAGUUACAUGAUGAUGAUUGAGGCGAAUGAUUUGUAAUGAGCAAUCUCUCUACUGUCACCUCCUGCAGCAGCAGAAAAAAGCAAAGAGUGCUUGGGGUGCUUUCUCAGUAUUUUCAGCUUGAACUCAGAAGCAUGGGUAGGAUCUUUGCCGACUUACUUCUUUGCUUAUAAGAUCUGUUAUGGUUGUGGUUUCUUAUCUUUCUUUGGAAAAAAUUCUCUAUGUCGAACCCCUGUCUCUUUUCUUCUAUGACUUUGUUUGUGUUUGUUUGGUUGCAUCUGAUAGUUGUUCAUAACCAUCAAUGAUCAAGCUGAUCAUAAGGCUGUAGCAUCUUGCAUUGCACAAUAUAGAGAUUGCUCUUCUGUUCUUUAUCGUUAUUCAUAGCGAGGUAGAGCAGCUCAAAAGCAAGUUAGACAUUGUUGUCUCAAUCUACUGCAGAUUGUCUUGCAGCCUGGAAUCUGAUAGCUUCUUGCAAUUCAUUCAAAAAUUUUACAUUAACCAUUAUUAAUAUGCUUGAUUGAGUUAUUUUAUUUGACAAUACGUGUGUAUAGGAUUUAAUGCUUAGGCACUUUCUGUUUACUGUUAAUGAUUUCAGGUAUGGCACAAUGCAAGCAAGCACAUGGAACUGUUCGGCUAUGUUGUGCAGUAUUGACAGAUUCUUCUAUGCUCACCGUUUCUAUGACACUGUUUACUAGGGAAUGAAUGGAAAGGUAAUGAUUAUACUGAUAUUUUUUUAUUUGAGUUUCGUAAGAAACUUUUGAUGAGUAUCAUUUGAGUUUCUGGCCCUUUAUUGGUCUCAUUUAAGCUUUAUUUAAGUUAAUAUGGUGUUUGGAUGUCAUUAGACUGAUUUCUUUUAUUAUAUUGCUGAUUUGAAUCUUAUAUUUUUUGAUACCUUGCAGUUUCAUAAUGAGGUUUGCAUUUGCGUAUUUCUGUACACGGAUCCAUUUCUAGACUUUCCAAUAUUUGAUUUGAAUUAUGUUUGUAUCAUAAGUUCUUCAGUUAGAAGGCUUGAAAUCGUUAGACUUCGAACAAUUGUACAUGUAUUUUUGUCUCUACCAAAAUUGUGCUCAUAUGUUAUCCAUCGGAAUGUACUCUGCCCAUACCAACUUCACUUCUGUACUAAUACGUCUAUUCAGGCUAAUUAAAUUUCUCAUCAUACUGCUCUUACAAGUUUUUUUUGUCCACCUUCAGGCGUGCAAGGGAACUCAGUGCAACUAUACGUCACAAUUUUACAGAAAUUCUGUGGCUUAAAAUUGAUAACAACGAAUAUAUACCAAGCUUGCAAAUAUCAAUCACAAGUGUAUAAUCAUUACCUUUCCAGUUUUGUCGAUUUAUUCUAAAUCCCGGAGAAAUUGAACAUGUGGCUUGAAAUGUAUACAAAGCUUGCAAAUAUCAAUCACAAAUGUAUACCAAGCUUGCAAAUAUCAAUCACAGGUGUAUAAUCAUUACCUUUCCAAUCUUUGCCUUGACAAACUAAAUCCCCAGUACAUUUUCUUGCACUCUGCUAUAAUGAAUCUUCUAUGCUAUCGUUCUUGGUUUAGCAACAAUGAUGCUUGGUGUAGGCUGCUAGAUCACGCAAUUCUACGUCCCCAUGUACACUGAUGACAUAAAUUGACAUUUCCCGAGGCAAAGCGCGCCCUAAGCUCAAUAAUGCCCUAGAACGGGCUCUAUCUAACAAUGAUGUAAUUACAUUGCUGAGUGAAACAACUAUCUCAACUACUUUCAGAUUAUAUACAUAAAAAAAUGUUUCAUAAUCCAUAAAAUUACUAAAGUCAAACUUAUCCCGCCGCGGAGCGCGGGCUGAUUACUAGUUAUCACAUAAACUUUCAACUUCAACCUUAUAUUAAAAUACUGCAAGCUGCUAAACACUCCACUAUAGAUCGAAUAUAAGUUGUUAAUUAAGGCGGGGAACGCAAAGUCAACCUUCUAGAUACAACUCUGGUCUUCAGUAUACGAUUCCAUACCCAAGAAAUAGUCAAGGUAGGAGUAAUAUUCUAGACAGACUUAGUUUUAAGUAUGUAUCUUUUUUUUUUGGGGUAGUAUGUAUGUAUGUAUCUUUUUACUUAAGGAAUCCAAAGAGAUAUACUCCCUACAAGUAUAUCCCACAUGUGCCUCACAACACAUGCUUUUUUCCAAGUCUUGAUGUCUCUAACUCCUAACCUUCUCAUGUCUUUAGCAUUAUCGCAUACUUCCAUACAACAAGAGCUUUAGUUCGAGUUCUAGAACCCGCACCUCUAUAACAAUUUAUUACAAAUCUCUUCAAUAUCCUUUAAAGAAGAAGUUGUAAGUACAAAAAUUUCCAUCCAUAACUGCAAAACACUUGAGACCACAUAAGUAAUAAGUUGUAUUCUUUCUGCAUGACUCGGUGUUUUUUCUUGCCAACCCAUAAUCUGUGCAGUAAUCUCAUCAACAAGCAUUGGACAAUCAACCCUAGUGAGCUUGCCAGAAAUAAGGGGUACUCCUAGAUAUCUGACAAGCAGAUUGCCAAGAGGGAAACCAAUAUGUGCAUGUAUAAAUUCCUUCUCCUCAUUAGAAAUACCACCACAGAAAAGCUAACAUUUAUCUAAAUUACAUCUAAGACCCGAGAUUUUAUAAAAAUCAUCUAACAACCUCCUGGCCCAACUACUGCUCUUAUAAAACCAUUGGUGAACACCAAUAAAUCAUCAGCAAAACAGAGAUGCUUUGUUCCAAGAGUUUUGCAUCUCGAGUUGUAGUGAAUUUGGUUUUCAAUGGCAACUUUGUGCAUUAGACAAGAAAACCUCCAUGGCAAUGGUGAAUAGGUAAAGGGUAAAGGAUCCCCUUUUCUAACAACAAAAUAGCCAGAAAGACCAUCAUUCAAAGACACACUAAACAUUGGAGUUGUGACACAUACCCUGACCAGAUCAACAUAACUUGCAGGGAAUCCUAUAGCUAACAUCACUAUAAACAAGGAAACCCAAUUAACUGAGUUAAACACUUUCAUAAGAUCAAUUUGCACGACACAUUUACGGGUUACUGAAGCUUUAAGAUAAUCUUUUAUCAAUUCUGAGGCCAUAAGGAUAUUGCCACAGUGCCACUGGUAGAUCACCCUUUUACAUAAGCUGAUUGUGAGAGUCUUAUUACCUUAAGAAAAACCAAAGCUAACCUAUUGGUAAGUAGUUUCAAAAUAUCCUUAUAUAAAACAUUGCAUCAUGCAAUAGACCUUAAGUCCUUCAUUCUCUACACUACGAAGCUUUAGAACCAAGGCAAGAAUAAUGGAGUUAAUAUGUCAAUUUUCUUGAAUUUUUUAUAUUAGACAUUUAAUUAACUAAUUGUAAGCUUUUAUGGGUGUUACAAGACAAACAAUUGUUGCAUAAAUUUUGAACAAUGAUGGAAGAUACUCCAACAAAAUCUUAAAGGAGAGGGGUCAUAGGACCCGAGUUGGCAACAAAAUCCUUUGGAUACGUAUGGUUUAGUAUGAUCCUUCAACUUUAUGACCUCAUACUCUUGUCCAUGUUAGGUCUGUAAGGAUCCAAUCAACUCAAAAUUCAUUAGAUACACAAGCUUUAAGGCUAUUAAAUUUUAAAUCCCCAAUGAACUCAAAGUCUGGCUACGCCACUGAAUGAAUGGAUUACAUGGGA